AUGGAGUCACCGGAUAUUCGUCCGGAGUCUCCUUUGGACCAAGAGGACAUCCCUUUCCCAUGUAUGGGUUGUGGAGAGAUUUUGGAAGAAGGAAAGGCCUUUGAGCUCUCUGGACAGAGAUGGCACAUUGAUUGUUUCCGAUGCAGCACUUGCAACACCCUUCUAGACUCCGACGCUCACCUCCUUCUUCUCGGCGACGGAUCCCUCAUUUGCAGCAACUGUACCUACAGCUGCAACUCUUGUGGUGACAAGAUUGAAGAUCUAGCGAUUCUUACAGGUGACCAGGCUUUCUGUGCCCAGUGUUUCCGUUGUCGUAACUGCAAAAAGAAGAUCGAGAACCUACGCUACGCCCGCACCUCACAAGGAAUCUUCUGUAUGGACUGUCACGAAUCUUUAAUGCAACGAAGGCGCAAGAAAAAGCAAGUGCCGCGGGCAAAAGGCCGGGGGGACCGGGGGUAA